UCUUUUCACUGUCUCGCUCUGUCUUUCGAAAUGCGAACUCGGUUCCUCAACAUUGAUUUUUUCGCUCCAGGAAACGAAUCCUUUCACCGCCUUCCUGUCCCUCACCUCGUUUCUAAUCCACUUUCCACUGUCGGCGACCUUCUCCACUUCGAUUUUCUCCCUGAAAUCUCUCUUGGAAUCGAUAGCUUAUCAAUCGAUUCUGCUAUCUCCAGGUUCUUUGACGACGUUCUUCCGCGUAGAAUCGUGGAUGAUGAUGUUUAUCGCGAUGCUGGUUGUCAGUCUUCUGGAUUUCAUGGUUCCGCGGAGAGGAUUUUCUCUUCGGAAAGUGUUGGAACUCGACUUCGGGAGGAAGAAGCUAAGGGUACUUAUGAAGAUAAUAUGGAGGGGAGUUGGAAGAAUUUUGGAUCUGAAACUUCAGAGAUGGAAUUCGUAAAAAAGGAUAUUGGGACUGAAAUACGGAAUAGAAACUUUUCAAAUGAUAUGAUCCAAUUUGAAACACCUCAGCUUGAUACGUUCUUGGAAAAUGCCUUCUUGUUUGAGAAGGAGGAGGUACAAAUUCUGACGGCAAUGCCAGAGGUUGAAUUUGAUCUUGAGACCCUUAAUCAAGGGCUUCUUAAAUACCCUUCCGAGGUCAAAGAAUCAAUUUAUGAUGUUGAAAUCAUUCCCUCAGAAUAUCUCUUGGACCAAGAAUCUUGCUUGUUUGAAGAUGAUUUUGCUCAGGACCAGAAGCUAUCGCAUCAAUUCACCUUUCCCUUUUUAGAAGUAGACGAGAUGGUUCUUGAAACUUUGGCAUUCUUGUCGUUGCAGGAUGAACUUUUCUUUAUUCUUGAGAGUACUGAAUCAGCUCACAUGAUACAUGAUGAUAAUUUACUUGUCAAUAAUGAAGAAUACUUGUCCUCCAUGAGGUGUGAUGCUGAAGAGUUUCUUUCAGAUCAUUUUUUGAGGCCAUGUGGUGUUUCUGAGUUGGCAUCCCCUGACAUAUCUGGAGGAUCGUCUGACUUAAUGAGCAUGAUGGAAACUUUGGAGAUUGCAGUGAGCUCUGAAGUUCAAACAAAAUCAAGUUGUGAUUUGUCUGUAGAACCAGCUAUUUUUGAAGAAUUCCAGCUGCUGGACACAUACUCAAAUCAACAUUUUGGAGCCAUCUUUGAUUUGGAAGUAUCGGCCAUGUCAGAAAUUACUGACUGUACAUCCAUUGAAAACACGAAUUUCAAGAGUUUCAAUGAAUUGAUUGUUUGUCAUGAACUUGUCCUCGUAGAUGACACGUUCAAAUCAUUACCUGUGCCUAUACUAUCUAGUCAGGGAUCUGAAAAACUCCUGAAUGCCUUCAUAGAGGAUGUUCUAGCCAACCUAAAUAAACAAUCAUUAUCAGCUUCCGAUGGCAUAUAUUUGGAUUGGCAUCUAUUGGAUGAAAGUAGCUACAGCUCUGGACUUUAUUCUUCGUAUCAGAAUAUGUUGGAAGAAAUUAAUUUGAAACCCGUAGAAUUUGACCGGGAACCUUGUGAAAAUGAUGGUAUAUUUUAUAGAUACGUUUUCUCAGAUGAUGCUUUAGUAAGGGAAAGAACAGAAGACAAGGGUGAACUAAAGGAGUCUUUUCCUGAGGGUAUUCCAAUGCUUUCUGGUCAAACUAUUGACGUUGCUUCAAGCAUAUUAUUGAAUGAAAGAUGUCAACAAAAAGAAAGGCAAGGUCUUGCAGCUGUUGGAAAUUCCGAGAAGGCUUUAUCGUCAUGGAAAUCAAAAUCAGAGUCCAACGAUCUCAAGUUUUUCUUGAAUUCUCAAAAACCUGUUGGCGUGAGAAAGAGUGAAUCUGUAUUUAGUGAAAUUGACACCAAUACUACUCUCCCCAAGGUUCCACGUGAUGGAAUAUUGACUAACAAACCUUCUAUGUCCAGUGCUGAUGAUAGUCUGAAGCAAUUGAAUGUUGCAGUACAUCAAGUUUGUCUGUCUGAUAACAUUCUACAUCUCAUUAAUAACUCUGAGAAAACUUAUCUCGCUAUCUUGCAGAAUGAGACAGAGCUGAGGAAGAAAUAUCUUCCUUAUGUAGCUGAAGAUUAUUUAUUAAUGCUCAGCCUUCCGAAACAGAAGUUGAUAGACUGUAUUAAGAAAAUAUAUCUGCAAGGGACCAAUACUUACUGGGAAGAAAAGAUAAUGACAUUAGCCACGUUAUAUGCCACUAAACAGAUAGUUUGGUAUUUGUGUUUCUAUGGUAUCCACCCAGCUCAUCUAUAUCUAAAGAAGUUAUGUCAGAGCUCGGAGUGCUUAAAAUCGAGGUUGGGUUUCUUGGUGUCAUCGAUUGAGGAAGCAGGAAAAAUGGUUGGCAGAGAAAUUACCAUAUCGCAUCCGGCACUUACUACUAUCCAGGAAAUCUUAUGCUCAAGGACUUCUACCAGUAGUCUCAAAGUUCUGGUUGUAGCCAACCAAAUUUUCUGGUGGUCAUUGGAAAAAUUGCUCGGGUCCUUGGGGAUAUCCUUUGCAGAGAUAAAUUAUGGGAGUCUUACAGUUGAGCAAGUAUCUAACGCAAACGCUAUGGUUGAUGACCUUGCUUCCAAUUGUUUAUUGGUAUCCCAAGAGUACAUAUCUGGGAGUUUUCCAUUCAAUAAAUUUAGCAUUGUCUUGGAAUAUGGAGGUCUGAAUGGUUCUUCUCAGAUCUCCGCUUACUUUUCAAAUUUAAUCGACAUGCCUCAUCUACACUUCAUAAUGUUGGAACUGGAUAAGUGUGGCAAUUGCAAAGCAUUUUGUGAAGGUGUUGAUUUUCCUCAACAUAAUGAACUGACAAUCGAAGAGAAGUCUUUGGUGGAGAAUCAGACCAUGAUGUUGGAGAAAUUGUUGAACUUUUUACCUGUUGAGGAAAAGUAUAUAUUGGCCUCUCCAAAGAAAACAAUAGAAGCAGAAAAUCGCAGAGUGCCUCUGCGAGCACCAGUAGAACCAGUCUCAGAUAAAUCUCAAUAUACUGACCUUGUGUCCUUUCCUGAGGCAAUUAUUAUUGUGAACACUCAGAAAUUUGAAAAGGAAAUGAUUGUAUGUAGAAGAAGUUCCUAUCGAAGAAUUCUUGCAUUGGAGAAAGAAGGAGUGCAGGUUGUGGAACGAGAUCUGUGUUUGCCUGUGGAUCUAAUAAUUGCUCCUGGAAUUUGCUUAUUUUGGUAUGACUGCACAAAUAUUGACAGGAAAGGCAGUACUUCAAAUGAAGCUUCUUUGUGCUUGAAUUUAUGCAUAGAGAAUAUUGCAACAGAUGUUUUGACCUCUCUAAGUUUCGCUUUUCGUGGUUGCGUCCUGAUUUCUUUUCAGGUCUUCGAAGGAGAAAUCAGUUCCCUUUCCAUCGUAAUGGAAUCAUCAGAUGGACUUUAUGCUGCAGCAGCAAGUUUAGAAAUUGAUUUUCAGCUCUUCUGUUCCUAUUCAUCUGAGUUGACGGAUGAAAUUAUCCUAGGCUGCAUUGAAAAUGUUUCUAAGUUGAUGACCAGGCGCAUAUACCCCAAGAUGUCUGAAUCAGAAACUCUUGCUGAAUCAUUUCUUACGAGUUUCCCUUCAAUUAAUCCUUUGAUAGCUCACGGGAUACUUUCUUCAGAAAGCCUUCUUGCUGACUUUCUAGAGUGGCCACAUGAGCGCAGGCUCCAUGCAAUUAGAAAAUAUAGUAUUCCCGAUGACUGUAUCUCUCUAUUUAGUGCUCUGUGCAAAUAUGGUGAGCGGGAGGAUUCAAAAUCUGUGAUGACAGACUGCUCCUCUUCGCUAUCUUCUGGUGCUGAUUCAGAAAAGUGUCACUUUAAUGGUAAUUCUGAAAGGAAGAGAAGAAACUUCACUGGUGGUACCCAAUGCAUUGAGAAAAAUACGGAUUGCUUGUAUUCCAAUACGCUGAAUCCGUUUACUGCUGGCACUGCAGAAACUUUAGUAGCAUCCAAGUCAUUUGGUUCUCAACUGUUUGAAGAUCCCGAAAUAUUUUGUGAUCUCAAAGGUUUAUCUUCAUCUGUAAAUAAUUUCUUUGAUCAAAACCAUAAUCUAGCGUCUUUUGAUGCAACUGUAUCGAUGGAUCCUACCAGGGUCUGCAAGCCACGUGAUUGUUGGAUCUCCACAGCUCCUGAAAUAUCCGAUGAGAUUAGAAGACAUUGUUCACCAUUUGUCCAAAAUCAGGGUUUAGACCGAAGUAAAAAGAAAAUACACAGCUUUCAUAAUAUGAAUAAGUCUGAGAAUCACCAUGAGGAGCUUAUAGCUGAAGUAGACAACUUGAUUGAUAACCCUGUAUUAAAAGAUCACUUUGCAACUAUGGCUCCUAUGAAUUUCUUGCCUUCGAUGCUUGAGAAUGAAACAGAUUCAUCAAGAAAGUCUAAAAUUCAAAGAAGAUUGUCUUAUGGACAAAGCGAUCACCCUUUCUGUGCAGUUGAUGUUGGGAACAACUCGAGUUCAGAUUUUUGGAGUUCUAUCAAUUUGCAUGGACAGAGUUCACGAGGAUUGGACAAUCAGUUUCCAGAUCCUAGUUUCGAACCCAGUAUUAUGCCUCUUAGGUACAAGGAUGAUCAUUUAGAUGAGGGUUUAACACAAAAUCAUUUAAGAGAUUCAAAAGUAUCGUUUUCACUUUCAGAGAAGGACACAUCACAUUCUGAUGUAACCCCAUUGUCCGUUGCUCUCCGUUCAAAACAUCUUCAAGAAAGUUCACCUUGGACUAUGGAAUUUCUUAACCGAAUUAGGGAAAAGAGCAGAAAUCGUCAGCAUUCGGUUCCACGUGGCUCAUCUUCACCUUUUCCUGAGAAUUUGGGUAAUGUAAAAAAAACUGUUAAAAGAAGAAGUCCCUCCAUUCUUGAAUUUUUCAAGUACCAAGGGGGAAGCACUCUGCGGAAGAAACCGGAACAAAAGAGACACAAACCAUCAACACAAUCAUCAAACUCAUCCAAGAAUGUCUUAGUUGCAACUCGUGAACUUUCUUCAGGGACGCCUAUUGAUAAAAGAUCAAGACAGACUUUAUCUUAUGCAACUGAUGGCAAUGGGAGCCAAACUAAGCUGGUCUGGAGCAAUGACAAUUAUGGUUUAGGAAAAAACUCACAGAAACUUGGUAAUAAAUGAUCCAAUGGAACUGCAUAUGCUGGCAAACUAACAGAUUUUCAUCAGCGAACUAUUCUAAUACAACUGAAAUGGUGAUACUGCAGCUUAAUCGCAAAGAUAUAUCCUUGAUAUUUCACUGGUAAGCUUUAUUGGAUCCACAACCAUAUCUUUUAAUAGUAAAUUAGAAGCAUAGAAUUCUCAUAUCGACAUUGUCCCAUCAACUCAUGAUUAGUGGCAAACUGAUUUUAGCCUGUAGAUGAAACUGUUAUUUCUCUUUUGCGUAAAGAAUAUGCACUUUUACUUUAGAAGCCUUACUCCAGAAAAAUUAAAUAAAACCAUUUCUUCAAGUAAUGCCAAUAGUUUUAGUUUCCAAACAUAUAAAUUUGGAGUCGUCUCGAUUGGAUCUAAUUUCACCUAUACAUUUGUGACUAGAACACUGUUAAUUUGUAGGAAGUGUUAAUAUAACAAUUUUGAGAGUGAUGUUUUGGUAAUUUAUGUUCUGUUAUUUCAAAAUCUGUAACUUGCGAGGUGCCACACUGCAGCUGCGCUGUCGUGACCUUGACAGAGAACCAAAGCACUGGGAUCAUCCUCAGAUGUGUUCAAACAUCCUGUAUCUUGACAAGCUUAGAAUUUUAUUAUGUUCAUACUCAAAUACCACUUUACCUAAUUUAAUCAUGAAAGGAAGAUUUCUGUCCAUGUUUGGGAGCUCCUUAUUCAUGAUUCUAGCAAAAUGCACUGCAUUGAAUUUGUUAC